AUGUCGGACUCAAGACGCAACACCUCGCCGCAAGUCGUCGUGUCCACAUCAGUGGCGGCGACCGAGCCGUCCAAAGCAACCCCCAAUAUGCAGGAUACCAAGUCGACAGCAAGUGAUAGUACUAGCAUCCAAGACCUCCCAGAAGAACUCCUGGAGCACAUAAUCUCCUACGUCCUCAUCAACCCCAGCCCCAUCACCCUCCGCGAACCCCAAGAACGCCGCUGGGCCAAAGAGCUCGGAGAUCUCCGCAGCGACUCUCCUGGCCCGAAUCGCAGGAAAGGCAAGCGACGCCCAGCAAUGCGCAAGUCACCACUCCUCAGAGUGCUCCUGGUCUGCAAAGCUUUCUACUUCGCUGGCUUCAACUGUUAUUACAGCAAGAAUACCUUCCGCUUCGACGGCGUCGCCCAUUUACAGGCUUGCAAAGCACGGUUCACUGUGCUGCAUAAAGCGGGUAUUCGAAGAGUUCUACUGGAGCUGGAAUGGAUUGAUACAAGUCCGCCGUCGAGACUGAUGAGUAUCAAGGAAUUGAGCCUAAAGGAGAGUCAACCACUGGGCGGAGAUCCUUUUGAGGAGUUUCGGAGGCUCGACGUAGUGUGUAUUAGAUGCUCACAUACAGGUCCAGGGUGGUAUAAACUGGCCUCGGUAUCUGGGGCAAGGGCGGCGAAGACCCAGAUCGAGGAGAGGAUUGGGGAAGUAUGGGGUAGCUGCAGACAUGUGAUGGUGUUUAGGUAUCCUAAGGAUUGGGGCAUAUUGCCGAACAGGUGA